GUGAUGUAGUUCUUAUCAAGCCCCCCUUGUGUUGUUGUGACAGCGCUGAUAUUGUUUAUUGAGGUGGGUGUCAGGUAUAAUUAGCAAUCGAUACGGGGAACGUUUGCCACGGCUGUGACGUCACGGCCGAUUAAGGUUUCUUAUUGGCCCCAAAUUCCCCAAGCCUGGGCUAAUUAUUGGGAGCUUGAUGUUGAUAAAGUAAAGCGGAUCGUGGGCUGGCAGCAUGUCUCCUCGUCACUGCUCCCUGCCACUGUAUGCUUUGUAGGGUCCCAGCAGCAGCAGCAGCUCUACCCUGGGAGAUGAUGGAGAGUCGGAUUCUGGAGCACCCUCAUGCCCUGUUUGGAGGCUCCAUGAGUGGCAUGGUGAGCUUCCCUUACCCACUCGGCCACCACCAUGUGUAUGAGUUAGCCAGUCACCAGCUCCAGUCUGCUGCAGCCGCCGUGCCCUUCUCUAUAGACGGAUUACUCAAUGGCUCCUGCACUGCUUCUGUUGUCAACCCGACCCCCCUCAUGCACUCUGGAUGUGGCCUCGGUGGUGACAGUCAUCAGUACAAACUGUCAGACUCAGGAGACCCGGACAAGGAGAGCCCGGGCUGUAAGAGAAGAAGAACCCGGACCAACUUCACUGGCUGGCAGUUGGAGGAGCUGGAGAAGGCUUUCAACGAGAGUCACUAUCCGGAUGUGUUUAUGAGGGAGGCCCUGGCUUUGAGGCUGGACCUAGUGGAGUCCCGAGUUCAGGUACAAUCAUCUCCUUUACCUAUGUAUGCUCUUUAUUCCUUAUACAUAGAAUAACAAGCCCAAAUGUUCCCCUAUAAUCCACGCCGUAAUAGCGUUUUAAUUAGACAACAAUCUCCUUGCUGUGGCAUCUUGAUUUGCAUAUCCAUAACCCCUUUGUGUAAUGUGCUUCCAAUAAACCCAGCGAUAUCAUCGAGCUUGUCGUACAGAUGUCUUCCGUUUGAGUUAUUAACUUCCAUGAAUUAUUUAUAUUUACAUGUUUAUGGAAAACAAGAGGCCAUAACUAUGAUCAUCGUGCGAAACAAUAGCUCUCUCUCUCUCUACACAGUCAAUACAUAAUUAAUACAAGCAGGGUUAAUGUCAUUAUUUUUUAGAAUUCUGAUGCAGAAUAAUCAGUGGCAUCCCUUUACACGAAAAAUCCUAUUUUUAAACAUAUUAUUAUUAUUAUUAUUAUAUAUAUAUAUAUAUAUAUAUAUAUAUAUAUAUAUUAAACAUUAAAAAAUAAUAUAUAUAUAUAAUAUUUAAAAUAUGUUUAAAAAUAGGAGUUUUCGUGUAAAGGGAAGCCACUGAUUUUAUAUAUAUUACGCCUAUAUAUAUAUAUAUAUAUAUAUAUAUAUAUAGGCGUAAAAACAACUUUCAGAAAGGAAUCCAAUCAAUGUAUUUCGUAAGGGAUAAUGAAAUAAAAUCUAAUUUUUAAUUUUAGACCCUACUAGAAAAUAAAAUUAGUUAACGUUAAAUAUUUAAAUUGGUGUUUAAUUUUACGUUUUCUUUGGAAGACGCCAAAUAACCCAGACACAACUGCUUGUGUGUUUUCUAAAUCUAAAUAAUAAUAAUUAUUAAAAAAAAGUCAGAAUGGAGGGAAUAAAAGGCGUGAGGCGAUCACAUAAUUAAGACCCUGGAGGUGUGGAAUUUAUUAUGGAGAAGUGUAUUGCAGAAUAUUAUUAAAGCAUUGGCUUUGUUUCGCUGGGUAUUUACCAAAUGCUCUCUCUCUCCCCCCUUGUGAAGCCUUCUGGUCUGGAAACCCUUUUAUCCAAUUUGUUCUGAGAUUGUUAAGUGAAGGCGAGACCCAGCUUCACCCUCUAAUACCAUAAUGAGUAAUUCUCAGUGGUCACACCGCCUGGAAUUAACACAAAGGAAAGAAUUACAGGGGCGAAAACACAGGCAGGUUAAAGCAAGUCAUCCCACUUAAUGUUUUAAAUCCUAGCUGUGUACAGAAUACUCUUAUUAAAGUAUAUCACCACCUAAAAAAACAGUUUUGCAUAGGGAAACAUGCAACAUUCUAAUAUACCAUAAUCC